ACAUCCAAUACAGAUCAGCUCGCGCGCUCUCUCUCUCGUCCUCUCAACCUCUACUCUCAGAAUUCUCACACUGCAAGCACAAAUAACAUGCUGGGCCUGCUCUUCUAUACCCUUCUAGUCACUUUCGUGCAACAGUUUUCCUGCAGGGCACAAAGCAAUGGUCAGUUAGCUGCACCGGAGGCUGGACCAGGCAGCCCUGAGCGCAGGCAGUUCUGUCACUGGCCCUGCAAGUGCCGCAACAAGCCCUUGUGUGCUCCGGGAGCCAGUCUGGUGAGGGAUGGCUGCGGAUGCUGCAAAAUGUGUGCCAAGCAAGUCGGGGAGAUCUGCAAUGAGGCUGAGGUGUGUGACCCUCACAAGGGGAUGUACUGCGACUAUUCAGCCGACGGGCCUCGCUUUGAGGUUGGUGUGUGCGCCUACAUGAUGGGAGUGGGAUGCGAGCUCAAUGGUGUUUUUUAUAACAAUGGUCAGACUUUUCAGCCCAGCCCCCUGUACAAAUGCACAUGCGUCGCUGGUGCGAUUGGCUGCAUGCCUGCCUUCACUCAAAAAGCCUCUGUUAUGCAAGGAAUUGCUGCUAAACCAGCACAGCUCAGUGCUGCCAGUGAUCCAAGGAAGCACCGACAGGAUACAUCCUACAGAGCAAUGCCAGCUUACAGGGGUCAUCCUGUAACAUGGAAGAGAAGCUGCCUGGUCCAGACCACGCCAUGGAGCCCCUGCUCCAAAUCCUGUGAGAUGGGCAUCUCCAUCAGGGUGAACAAUGACAACAGCAAAUGUGAAAUGAGGAAAGAGCGCCGGCUGUGCUUCCUGCGGCCCUGUGAUAGCAACAUACUAAGAAAAGUGAAGAUACCAAAAGGAAAAACUUGCCAGCCGAAUUUCCAGCCACAGAAACGAGAGAAGCUAAGUCUUUCUGGCUGUACAAGCAAGCAAAGCUAUAAACUCACGUACUGUGGAGUCUGCAGCGACAAGCGCUGCUGUAGCCCAAACAAAUCAAGAAUGAGUACUGUACAGUUCAAUUGCACUGACGGGGGAAUCGUUCAGUGGAAGAUGAUGUGGAUCACCUCCUGCGUAUGCCACAGGAACUGCCAAAAGCCUGGAGACAUGUUCUCUGAACUCAGGUUUCUUUAGUUUAGGGCUGUCAACACAGAAUGACAUUCUUGGCAAGGUGGAGUUAGAGAUGUUUUCAAAUGGUCUAGAAACAGUUAAGGGUUGCGUUUUCUUAUUUCCAUAGUACCUACACUAUAGGUUCAGGAUUCACAUGACAAUGCAAUGGCUAUGGGGGGAAACUGCCUUUCAUAAUUCUGACCUUGGUCUGUUCACAUCUUUUAAACGAGGCACUAUACACCCUUUUCACUGUUGCUUGUGCAGUAUGUCCUCAUCAUAAAAGUAUACUGUACAUGGGAGUUAUGCCACAAUGCAAGCUGAUCCAAAUUAACUGGUUUACUGUUUAUUUUAGCAAAUCUUUUGUUACAGGUUCAGACUACAGAAUUGUACCACUACAGAUCCACUGCUUCAUCUGAGAACUUUAAAUAAUGUUGGUAGAAUCGUUACAAGGGAUGGGAUAACUUGUAUUACAUUAUGACCACGCAUUUUUUUAAAAAGGGAAAUUUAAACAAAGCAUUUUAGUUUUUUUUGUAGGGUUAAAAAAUGAAGUGUACUUGCUACAAAAAUUGUGAUACUAUAUUUAGUAGUGACAGUAUUAGGAUUUAAAGUCAUAUAAACAUCUAUACAGACUACAGAUGUGUGUUAUAUACCUUGUACAUAAUCUAAAUGCAUUCCCAGCU